AUGUACUGCGCGGGGGCCAAGGAAGGGCAUGGGACCUUCACCUGGUCCGACGGUGCCAUUUACAAGGGUUCGCUCAGCAACAACCACUUCCACGGAUGCGGUGACUACAGGUGGCACGACGGCCGCCGUUACAAGGGAGGCUGGGAAAAGAGCAAGCUGCACGGCAUGGGUCGCAUGACCUGGCCGGAUGGGCGCUGCUACCGGGGAUACUACAUCCGGGACCGGAAGCAUGGGGAAGGAUGUUUUCGCUGGCCUUCUGGCGUCCAGUACAGUGGCCAGUGGCUUCAAGGUAAGCAGCACGGCAUGGCAAGAUACAAGUACCUCGGGGGCAAGGUGCGCUUCGGACGCUGGGAAGAUGGCUCUCAUGUUGAGUGGUUGGGCACUCUACGCCUGGGACUUAGCUCAUGGAUUGGGGGCUUUGAAGCUCCAGGAUCCUGGAACAGCUGUUCGAAGGGCUUCAGGGUGGGGGGUUUAAGUCAUGCCGACAAACGUUACGCAGAAAAAGCAGGCCUGAAGGUGGGCGUUUUUCGUGAGACAUACUCCCCGCAACUGCUAGACGUAUGA